CCAGUCCGACUUCCUAUCACUAGUUUCUAAGGAAGGCGAAAGGGUGCUGCGAAUGGACAGUAAACUUCAGAUUGUCAGAAAUGGAUUGUCAGGAAAAACUGGAGGUGCCCGUAUACACCGAUGUGGACAGAGAGACUUUCUUGAGGGACAUAUAUCCUCUGCGCAGACCAGUGGUUCUAAAGCGCGUGCCCCUGGGACCCUGUGUGCGCGCGUGGACGGUAAGUUAUCUCGCAGAAAAAGGGGGAAACCGCGAGGUCAAAGUGCACGUGUCCCCAGAGCCCAGGAUGGACUUUCUGCACAAGAACUUUGUGUACAGGACACUGCCAUUUGACAAGUUUAUUCAGAGAGCUGCAGAGGCAAAACACUCUGAUUUCUUCAUUAGUCAGAAUGAAAGCUAUUACUUGCGCUCACUUGGAGAAGAUGUUCGUAAGGAACCUGCUGAUUUAAGCAAGCAGUUCCCUGAGCUGGCAGAGGACUUCUAUAUACCCCAGUUCUUUGAGCCGGAGCAGUUUUUCUCCAGUGUCUUUCGUAUCAGUUCCCCUGGUCUGCAGCUGUGGACACACUACGAUGUAAUGGACAACCUUCUAGCUCAGGUUACAGGAAGAAAGCGUGUUGUUCUCUACAGCCCCAAAGAUGCCCUUCAUCUCUACCUCACAGGCGACAAGUCUGAAGUUUUGGACAUCGACACUCCUGAUCUGCAACUUUAUCCUGAUUUUGUGAAAGCGUGCCGCUACGAAUGUGUUCUGGAACCAGGAGACCUGCUCUUCAUCCCAGCUCUUUGGUUUCACAAUACCCUGGCUCUCCAGUUUGGAGUUGGUGUCAACGUGUUCUGGAAGCAUCUUCCACCUGAGAGUUAUGAUAAGAAAGAUCCAUAUGGAAACAAAGACCCAGUAGCAGCUACUCGAGCCCUGCAGGCACUGGAGAGGACUUUAGGCAUCUUGGAAGAACUGCCACCUGAUUAUCGGGAUUUCUAUGCUCGUCGUAUGGUGCUGCGGAUUCAAAGUCGGGCAUACCUUAAGCAACCCAUGGAGGCGGCACAGGAAAUUUUAGACACUACAUAGUUCUCUGUAUACAUGGAAAUGCCAAUGAAGACUUUGUCAUGCCAUCGCCAUCAGGAACUCUGAGAGAAUUUUGAGGAGAAUGUGUAUAUGAACCAUGGACAAACUGUUUAAAUUAAAAUUGACAUUUUAUUGGAGAUAACAGUUCAUAAAUUUAACCUACAUGUUAAAGCAUUGUAAACAGGGUGGAGCCGCCUUUCAUCCGAGCUGGUGGUAAUAAAUGGCGCUUAAACAGU